AUGUCGUCAACGUAUUCACGUACUCAGGAGAGUGACGCAUGGGCGCUUCUUGCUCUCAAAUCAGCACCGGCUAGUCCAACGAGGAUGCAAUGGAAUCCAGAAACAAAAAGUGCACCAAUUGCAAGAUUAGAGGGUCGUGAAUUUGAGUAUAUGGUUCGACAGAGAAGAAUUAUUAUAGGGCGGAAUAGCAGUCGUGGUGAGGUUGAUGUUAAUAUGGGCCAUUCAAGUUUUAUUUCACGUCGGCAUUUGGAAAUAUUUUAUGAUCAUCCAUACUUUUUCAUGACCUGCAAUGGUAAGAAUGGAGUUUUUGUUGACGGUGUUUUUCAACGUAAAGGAGCGCCUGCUUUUCAAUUACCCAAAACAUGUAUAUUUAGAUUUCCCAGUACAAACAUAAGACUUGUAUUCCAAUCUUUAGUGGAUGAUCAAGAUCAAGGAAAUGUUCGUGAUGAAUCACCGCCAAAACAAAGAGCACUAUUACCGCCAUUGCGGAUUAAUAUUCCCGAUACAGGAUACAGCAGUCCUUUUCCAUCUCCAACAGGUACUAUUAGUGCAGCAAAUUCGUGCCCAGCAAGUCCACGAGCUGGUCAGAGUCGACGAAAUAUUUCAGCAGAUUUGCAAAUGGUUGCUGCUUAUGCUGCGGCAGUAGCCGGUGAUCCUCAAAAUUCAAACAAUGAUCGUCAAGAUUCUGGUCAAAGUUCGAGUAGACAAAUGAGUCCUGAAUCUGGAAGUGAUUCACGAUAUCGAAAUAGUAAUGCAUCUGCUUCUAAUGGUACUUCGGGACAUUACAGUUCUUCUAAAGAUGAAUCUAAACCACCAUAUUCAUAUGCUCAAUUGAUAGUUCAAGCAAUUGCAUCAGCUCAAGACAAACAGCUUACACUUUCUGGCAUUUAUUCUUAUAUUACCAAACAUUAUCCGUAUUAUAGAACUGCUGAUAAAGGUUGGCAAAAUUCAAUUAGACAUAAUUUAUCACUAAAUCGGUAUUUUAUCAAAGUACCUAGAAGCCAAGAAGAACCUGGAAAAGGAUCCUUUUGGAGGAUAGAUCCUCAAUCAGAGGCUAAGCUUAUUGAACAAGCUUUUAGAAAACGAAGACAACGUGGUGUUCCAUGUUUCCGUGCACCUUUUGGAUUAUCUUCGAGAAGUGCACCAGCUUCACCAUCUCAUGUGGGACUUUGUGGUAUAAUGACACCGGAGUGCUUAAGUAGGGAAGGUUCACCAGGACCAGAGUCUUAUCCUGAUAGCUCAGUUUCGUCACCAGCUGGUCAAUUGUCAAGUCAAUCGGCUCCUGGCUCACCUGGACAUCCGUAUGUUCCACCGCCAGCGACUUCUAAUAAAAAUCGUCUCGUGCAACAAAUUACAGUUGUUACUAAUGGUGAUGCUUCUAGAGAAGAUAAAUACGUGAUGUCUGGUAAUCUAAUGGAAGAACAAAUGUUAUCACCUGUUGGUCAAUAUAGUCCAGCUCCUGUUAUUGUUCAAACUUAUAAUUACAGUGGUACAUUUGUUGGUCCUGACACAAACGUUGGAAUGAGUAAACGGACUCAUGAAGAACCAGACAGUUCGCCUGGAUCUCCUGCUCCACUUUCGAUUGUUGAAAGUCCUGAGCCUUCAGAUCAUCAACAACAGAAACGACAGCGCGUCAAUGACGUGGACGAACACUGA